AUUGGUUUAAAGUAUACAUACAAAUUUUAUCAAAAAAAAAAUAAAUAAAAAUUAAAAAUAAAAGGAAAAAGUGCGAAAGGAAUCAAGUGGAGUUCAAAAGUUUUAAAGCAAAUUGCGUGCAUAAAGGCAGCAAAAAGCUUAAGUUUAUUAUAAAAUUGUGUAAAGCAAAGAAUAUACAAGUAAAAAACAUUAUAUGUACAUACAAGAAAAAAAUCAGAAAUAUCUACCAAUACAAACGCGGCGUGCGUGUGGAGCAGCAGCGCAGCAGAAGUCAUAAGUGCGAGACGAGACAGUCGUCAGCGCGUUAAGAAUUGAAAUCGUUUGCUAAAAAACGUAUUGGAUACGUAGUGCAGUAGAGAAGUGGAAAAAAGCUAUAAAUAAUAAUAUUUCUACUAAAAGCAAUUAAAAUUAAUAAAGAAAAAAACCCCACGAGGUUUUGGCGCCUAGCAGCAAGUAAAAAUUUUACUUAAGGCCACAAAAUUUCCCAAACAAAAGCAAUCCCGUCUUUGCUACGGUUACCGUAAUAGUAACUGAAUUUAAACUGUUUUACGCCGAAGGGAAUGGUAUAUUUCUUGGGGGAUUGGGGCAUGGGAGAUUCUGACUGUACGUCAUAUCAUCAACAUGUUCCAACAAUACAACCGACCACGUUGCAUGUACACAGCCAUAGUCAUCAGCAGCAACAACACCAACACCAGCAACAUGUGCAGCAGCAGCAGCAACAGCAACAAGCUAAUGAGCAACAGCUUGAAUUGCAACUACAAUUGCAGUCGCAGCAGCAACAACAACAACAACAACAGCGCGUUGGUGAAAUUGCGCCUACAUUAGGUCCAUUAUCGCCCUUACAAUUUGGCAGCGGCACAGCAGAUGCAACAACACUACUCGGCAAUGCACUUACAGUUGUACAACAACAACAACUCAACUCACCGCAACAUGUUACCAGCAGCACAUUGGUCACAGCUAAUUUACAACAACUGUCGGUGAGCAAUAACAGUCGCAGUGGUAGUCACUGUUCGACGCCCAUUAAAUCGACUAUAAUCGACGCUUUUGAUAAAGCUACCUAUCAGCCACUGCAGAAGCAGCAGCAGCAGCAGCAGCAGCAGCAGCAACAGUCUAUCCAACAAUCGCUGCCAACACAAGCACAUCCGCUACCCUCAGCGACAGCUGCUUUGCAUCAGUAUUUAGGUCGUCAACGUUCCGACUCGUGUGCCGGUAAUGUUGGUGGUAACUGUGCGAAUGCAUCCUCAGCGCCGACUCCACCAGCGGAGCACGUCGUUAGUAAUAAUAACAACAGCAGAGGAUCAGUGGCGGCAGCAAAUAAUUUCCUGCAGCCUCAGUUGAGUAAGGAUCUCUUAGAGAGUGAGGAUGAAGUCGCACUUCAGCCGCUCUCCAAUCAGGUCGGUGGUCACACCCGUCUUCUAUUGCUGAAUCAAUCCACUGUCAUAAAGCCAUUGAAUUUGCGUGAAUUGGACUUUUAUCAAAACAUUCCGCACGAUGUACAGAAGUUUGUGCCCAAAUAUAAAGGCGUGAUGCAAGCGACCACAAUGGGCGGCGCAAAAUUGGAGAAACGCUACUCGCCGAGUUUCCGUGAGGAGCCCGUACGCAAAAUGAGCACCACCAAGCGGAAACGCGAUGAUGUGCUAAGGAUGAAAGUUCAUAAGAAUGGAAAUGCUGCCGAUGUUAUAAAGAGUAUUUCACAAUUAGACAACACAAAUAAGCAAUAUUUCCUAAUGCUUGAGAACAUAACUUCGCAAUUUCGUAAUCCAUGUAUUUUGGAUUUGAAAAUGGGCACACGUCAGCAUGGCGACGAUGCCUCGGCGGAGAAACGCUCCAAGCAGAUGGCCAAGUGUGCAGCAAGCACAUCGGCAUCGUUGGGUGUACGCCUAUGCGGCAUGCAAACCUAUCAGGCGCAUCUGGAUCAAUAUGCCAAGCGCGACAAGUACUGGGGACGUGAACUGGACGAGAGUGGCUUCAAGCAGGCUUUGCAUGACUUCUUCUACAACGGUUAUCGUUUGCGCAUACGCGUUAUAAGGAAAAUUGUGCAACGCCUGUUGCAGUUGCGUCGUGUUAUCGAAAAGCAAUCCAGCUAUCGUUUUUAUUCGUGUUCACUACUUAUUGUUUAUGAGGGCUUUGAGGAGAAUCCACAGGCGCAUCCAAUGGAUGUUGAGGAGUGGCUGUCACCGGCCACACCGAAAUCGGCUACAAAGUCGGCAACUUUCGAUUAUCAUCCCGAUAACAGCAUCGAUGACGAUGAUAUUGACGACGACGACGACGAUGAUGAUGAUGUUGUUGAUGCCGACGAUGACACUGCCGGUCAUGAUGGCGGUGAUGAGUUGGAACCACAUGAAACGGAGGAUGAUGAUUUGCAUAUGGUUGCAGCUGAUAGCGGUAAUGCUUCGGCAACCAAUAGCAGCACUGGCGGUGAUCCCUGCUGUUAUGAUGCUGAUGCCUCGAAUGAUUCUACAACAAACACAACCGGUCUGCAACUGCCCGCCACACGUCGUAAACGCGGUUUAACGGAAGCAACAUUGGAGCGGUCUCGUGACUUUGACGAAGUGGUCACACCUGUACGCCGUCUUGACGCUGUUUCACCCGCAUCGUUGACAGCAGUAAUCGAUUCGAUGUUGAUGCCACCACUAGCAGCGUCAGCAGAUAGUGGUAAUGUAACUACCGCCAGUGGCAACAGCGUCAAUCCGCCAUUCAUUCCAAUCUCCGAAGAAACAGUAUUCCUCGAUCCCGAGCCGCCAAUGCCGAGUGUCUCGACAUCGUCGCCACAUUCAGGCGAUUCCUGGAUGAACUACAGCAGCAAUAGCAGUGACGAUUUCUCUGGGCUUUCUGAGCAAAUCAAAGCUGUCACCAGCGGACGUCAAACAGGCGACAAUAGCUCGGACGAGGCCAGUUCUGACUAUGACAGCAGCAUAAUUGGUCAAACGGAAGUCAUGCUGAAGCGUUACAAAUCGCAACAGGACUCUUUCGAUAUAUCGCCACUGGCGCAAACGACCGAUGUGGCGCAACAAGCAGUAUCAGCGAUAAGUGCAGCGCCGCGUUUACCGCACGCACUCGCCUCUUCUGCCGGCUCAACGCCGCCACCGUUGCCACCAAGCGGUAUCGGCAAGCUGCCGGCAUCUGUCGCCAAUUCCUCACCCACCUCAUCGACCGCAUCAUCACUGAAAUCGGUACGCGGUGCCGUGAAACGCCUACGUUGCAAAGACGCCGACGAUGAGGAUGAGGUAAACCCGCGCGAUUAUAAGAAGGACGCCAUUUCAAAUUCAUCGCAGGCGAAAAAGUCAACAACAACACUAAGUUUAAGUAGCGUAGUUGCAAGCGCGGGCAGUAGCAGCAGCGCGGCGCCUGUUUCCUCCACGCCAACAUCCGUCAACACAUCACCGGUAAAGACGCCGCUCAUGACGCCCACCUCAACAACAGCCGGCAUUGAUAGCAACAGCACAGUUGAUAAGCUCAAGCAUACACUACUCUCUGGCAUGCACGAAAUACACAAUACCGGCAACAAAAACAAUCACGCUAAUGCCAUUAGCAAAAAGAAAGCGAACGCGGCACGCUUAACACUGCAACAUGCCUCCAAAUCGCUGGACAUUGCCGGUUGUCAUGCGUCCGCAACCAGUGAGGAUGCACGCUGUAUGGUCGAUGUGCGUCUCAUCGACUUUGCGCAUACCGCAUUUGUGCCGCGCAACGGCGGCGGUUCGCUGCUGCAACAGACAGCGUCGAGCACGCCAGUGCAUCAUGGGCCAGAUGGCGGCUUUCUAACGGGUUUGGACAGUCUCAAUCGCCUGCUAAACGAUAUAUUAACAGAAGAGGUCAGCGUUUAAGCAGCGUGCUGUGCACACGACGCUAAGCGGCGUAUCUAAGAAUUUGCGAGGCUACUCGCCACACGCCACCAGCGUGCAAAGGAAUGUGCUGCUAAAAGCACAAGUAGAGCGCAGGCAGCUGGAAGCAGCCGCCGUUACCUAGCAAAGAGUUCUUGUGCGGGCGUUAAACAGACGCGGCAAACAAAUACCAUACCAUACUACCGGAAAAUACAUAUACAAAGUAUAUAAGUGUAGACUAUUUCACAACAACAACACCACCAACAUGGACAAAAUACCAGCCCUCGUAAAACCAAGCCCGAAAACCCUUACAAUUGACUGAGUAUGCGGAAUGAAUGAAAAUUGUUGGCAAAUUUUUGAAAAAUUCUGCAAAAAGUGCAUGAAUGAAUGGCUGAAGGAGCGUUUGAACAACUAAAUUUAAGUAUAAGUUAUUAAUAAUAAAUUAAUUGGAAGCAAAGCGACGUGCAACCGAGAGAGAACGAGAGGGAGAGAGAGUGGUAGAGAGAGUGUGUAAAUGAAAGUAUAAACAAAAAUAAUACGCACAUCGUUUUUGGCAGCAAUAAAUACUAUUUUACUAUAUUAUAAACUAAAAUGGGUGUAUAUCUAUAUAUAUGUGUGUAUGUGUGUGCUCUGCAAUUAAGAAUUUUAUGCUAAACAACAAUAUUAUAAUAUGUAAAUGGCAUGUAGGGCAUAGUAAGAGGGCAAAAUCACAAAAACUUGUGAAUAAAACACACAAUGGAAGACAAAGAAAAAACAAAACAACAACAAAAACAAUUAAAAAUUCAAAAACAUAACAUAAUGUAAUUAAUCUUGUAAUGAAUAGACAAAGUGAGACAGGUUUUAGACAGCCCCAACAAUUUUAUAAAAAAAAUCGCAAUUUGGAAUAAUGAAAAGCAUAAUAAAAAUAACAACAACAAAAGAAAACAACCAAAAAGAUUCUAAAUGCAUAGUAUUUGAAAGUGUUUUAAGCAAAAAUGUCAAAAUAAAAAUUAAUAAAAAAACAAAAACUGAAAUUAAAAAAAAAAAUCUAAUACAAAAACAAACUUUUAACAACAAAAUUUUUACCAUAUGCACAAAAUGAUAUGCAAUAUACUUAAUAAUAAUAAAAAUAAUGGCGAUUAAAUAAUACAGCUCAUAAAUAAAUAUAAUUAAAUAUAAAGCUUAUGCUCAACUGACAAGAAACAUUAUUAUUUUUUCUUAUUUUUCGAAAGCAACUAAGCUAAACAACAAUUAAAAUGUAAAAUCACCAAUCAACAAAUUAAUGAACAUAUACAUACAUAAAAAAUUCAAUAUAAAAUAAAACUGAAGCAUGUGUGAAUGUAUAAAUAUGUAAAGCUUAAAGCGAAAUACCGGAAUUCGGUGUAAAAAUUAUGCUUGAAAAAAAACGAUUAAAGUUUUUUUUUAUAAAAACAAAAAAGGUACAUUAGUAAAAGAACACCAUGAUUUUCAUAGCGAUAAUAUCGCUAAAUACAACAGAGCAGUUAACUCUUAAAAUGUCUUGUGUGAAAAAGAAAACAACUCAUUUCCUUUAUAGCACCAACAACUAUUGUUCAGUAA